AUGGAAAAGUGGGCAGCCGCUCCCACUUAUGGAAGAACAAUAGAAGGUAUCUACCGCAUCGUCGCACAUUGUUUAAACACUUCUGUAACGUUGCCAGCGAGUGUUACCCUUCCUUCAUUUUCACAACGAGAGCUCUUCCCAUCACUUCCUGAUGAAGUCGCCCUUUCACCAUGUCCAAAGCUUAAAGACCUUCCCAGUGGGCCAAGAGUGUUACCACAAGAAGAGAAAGUUGUUUAUUCGAUGACUUCAGAUUACCUCCAAUAUUCAUAUCCCGAAAUAUCAAAAUAUUGUCAUACAAAUCGUGUUGGAGUGCAAGCGAUAUUGAUGUGUGCUUAUCAGAGGGGCUUAAGAAAAUUCAACAACAUCACUGAUGAGACUCAAAUUGUCAUUCAAGCGCCAAUCGACUCAAGAAAGAGCGUUUUUGCAUCACAAGAAAUGCAGAGGCGAGAGUUGCUGUCUGGGUCAGCUGCUGUUCUUUUGUUUGUGAAAGGGAAGGAAAGUGUGUUGGACGAAAUUGUUGAGUGCAAUGAGAAGAUGAGAGAGGCACAAACAACUUCAGAGAGUGCUGCUCGCGUGACUUAUUACUCGAGUAAAAUAGACGAGAAGAGUGGCGAGUUGAAGAGUCAAUACUUCAGCUAUCCAAGUGACACCCCACUGAUUGGAAUGUCAAAUGUUGGGUGCUAUACACACGUGAAUAAUCCCAGACUGUAUUGUGUGAGUGAGUUUAACAAAUUGAUAUCUCCAAUUGUGUAUAGUUACAAGGAUGGUAAUAUACUGAAUGUAUUGGUUGCACGAUCAGACCCAAUGCCACACGAUUUUAUGAGCUGCUUUUAUGAAGAAGCUGACAAAGUGUUCAACGAAAUUGGGUCAAAAAGAAUUUAG